AGAAUUAACAGAAAUAAUCCAAAUUGGCUUUUUCAUGGCGUCUCUGGUACUCUCGGAUGCCCUGUUUGUUUAUCGCCUGUGGGUUAUCUGGAGCCGUAAUACAUUAGUGAUAAUUUUUCCGCUCUGUAGCCUCGUUGGUCUCACAGUAUGUGCUAUAGGCAUAACCUAUCAGUUCACUCAGUACACCAGUGCUACAGAAUCCACAUACCUCCUUAUUGCAGCUCGGUGGAUUCUCAGUGACUGCGUCUUCACUCUGUGUACGAAUGUGUACUGUACAGUAAUGAUCUCAUGGCGCAUAUGGGCUAUUCACAGAGCACUGCCACCUCUAGGAAACAGAGGUCUCGGGCCGGUAGUGGCUAUAUUUGUCGAGAGUGCGGUAUUGUGCACCGCAUGGACAAUCUUUUACUUUGCUACGUAUGAGGCCGAGUCCAACCUUCACGACUUUGUUCAGGGCACAUGGGGUACUAUAUCCGGUAUUGCAUUCAUGCUCAUCACCGUACGCGUAGGCUUGGGUUGGAGCAGUCAAACAGAGCAAAACAUGACUAUAACCCAACUGACAAGGCCCAAGUUUGCUGCCCAGUCGGAUAGCUCAGCGACUCAAUCGUAUCCCAUGCAUGCGGUGCAGGUCAAUAUUCUACGAGAGGAUGGUAAGAGCUCAUGUGGGGAGACCAAACUUGACUAUUCUAUGAGCGGCAGUUCUGGGACUGUUUGAUUGUAAUUCCAUACUUUCUGGCGUUGUACUCUAUUUUCUUGGAGGUUCUAGAAAUGAUGAUUCCUAAAGUGUUUUCAAGUUGAUUGUCAAAGGGAUG